AUGGCAUCUGAGCGCCUGAAGAUCGAACAAACAAGGUCUCGAAAGCUCAGGGAGUUACUAUACUUGUUUUCAAACCCCCUCCAGUCACUUGAAGCCUUCAAGGCAAGAAACACAUCACAAGUAGCUCAUGACUUCUACAAUGCCAACGACAUCUCAAAGAAUGAACCCUUGCUGGUUAGUUCGCUUCCAUACGUCACUGAUACCGAAACUUUAAAGCAUGAAUUGGAGAUAGCCUUGCAAAGUGAGCUCUUUCAGCCUGAACACUUGAAGAGACUGGCAGAUUCUCCUGAUUUGGAGAGGGCUGUGAAAAGCAGAAAGACAAGCCUUAUGGAUUACCCAAGUCGAUUGAUGCCAGCUGACAAUAAGCUGAAGAAAGCGAAACUGGCUGUUACUUCCCUUAAAACGCCCAUAGAAGCACUAGACGAACAGACAAAUGAUUUCUUGAACAAGAACAUUCUGGAUCUAGAUGUUCUUCUGGUUCCUGAAAACUUUCCAACUGAGGUUCAUGCGGUGUCUUCGCUUGCUGAACUCUACUAUUUAACCCAGACUCUUCCGCUUAUCAAGUUACUUCCUGGGUCCCACAAAACAUUAAUGACUGAUAACUUCGAGCUGGCCCUUCUCGAAGGUAAGAUAGGCGUUCUUUAUGCACGUAUAGAAGAACUCAAAAGGCAAAAGAAAUGGUCUUUGAGGCAGCCGAUCAGGUACUACGAUCCAUACGUUUAUUCCAAGAAGAACAAGAAAUCCAAGCCGCAUUCAUGGGAUAUUCUAAUAGACGAAAGCAAAUGGCUAUCUGCUGACUUCAAAGAAUCUUCGAAAUUUAAGAAAGCCUGCUGCUUCACCAUUGCCCAAGGUAUUCAAGAUUAUUGGGCAUACGGUAAAGUAAUGUGCAUUAAGCGUGCCCCAAUUAAACAUCUAGAAGAGGGUGCUCCACUUCCAGUCACAGAUGGCACAAACGAAAAGACGGAAGUCGUUGAUCAAAUAAUGGAAGAAGUGGAAACCUCGAAAACAGCCGAUGAGAAUGCUGAUGAAGAUGAGAAAGAGUCCGCCUCGGCGGAAAAGUUUGAAGGCAUGAGAGAAGAAGAUACCGAAGAAGCUGAUUCGAUCGAUAUAAGCGAGCUCCUCAAAAGACCUGAUCCUUCGACCGAGAUCCCCGUUCGGGAACUUCCUAAUUUCUCCAAGGAGGAGCUUGAGGAAGCUGACAUCUCGACCGUCGAUAACGCUGCAUUGAAGACACAUGCUAAUAUUGGCGACCUUCGAAAGAUCGAUCAAUCGAUUGUUCGUAACUUGCCUAGAUUCAGCGCUUUCGAUGGCAGUGAAAACCCACAGAGUCCUAAUAAACUGAACGAAAACUCCAUCAUGCCCGUUUCGAGAAUGCUUUAUCCGAUGGAUGAGGAAGACGGCUGGUUCAAAAUUAUUUUGAAGGAUAGCAAAGGUUCUGAAAUCGGGAGCUCGAAAGCCUCUGGUCCUCCUGAAUACCAGAAGGGUCUCUUUGGCGUUCAACCACAUCGUCGCUUCAAUUAUUUGCGUCCACCAAAGCCACCGCUUGUGAGAAACAUCGAAUACAGAUCACCAACCAUUUGGCUCCCUCAGGACGACAUGUACCUUAUCCACUAUGUCGCUGAGUAUUGUUUUAACUGGGAUCUCAUUGCUGCUAACCUCACAUCGCAUUCAGCAACGCUCAAGAGAUACGAGUCCAACAUAGAAAGAAGGACUCCUUGGCAGUGUUUUGAAAGAUAUAUUCAACUUAACGAGAAGUUCCAAUUCUCGGACAUGAAAGGCAUCAACGCCUACCCAGCGCAGCAGUGGCUUGAGCAUGCCCACAAGGCCCAGCUGACUACAAAGAGAAGAAUCUCUCCUUUGGGUGUGGGUAACGAAUCUAUUCAAAGGGGUCAUCGCAAAUUGAGAUGGGCGUCCAUGUUUGAUGCCAUGAGGAAGACCAUGAGAAAGCGUGAGCUGGCGCUCGCUAAAAUCAACCAUAGAAGAUCUGCCAAUAGCUCUAGUGAUUAUGGUGUUCAAAAUGCUGCAAAUGGUGGCCGUGCCAAUGAUGAUACCCUUUCUCCUGCAGAGCUUCUGGAUCUUAAGUUUGAUAGAGAUAGAGCUAAGCAAGAGUCGCAUAGAAACCAGGAAGCUACUCGUGCUAGAAUGAUAAAUGCUGUGUCUCAGCUGCAAAAGGGCUCUCAAGGUUCUUCACCAGCUGUUCAGCAACAAGGUUUGCCUCAAAAGACAAGCCAACAACAGCGCGACCAAGCUCAUAGCGCAGCGGUCGCAGCAGCAGCAGGUGUUCCUCAGAGGCGUAUGUCUCAAGCUCCUUCUCAGUUACAAGGCAUGCAACAAAGAGCUCAAGGCGGUACCAUCUCUGGCAACCCUGCUACCUUGUCGAGACCUCAGACAGUCGGUCCCACUGGCAGUCUGCUGCAAAUUCCGCAGCAGUCACUGGGUCAGCCAGCCUCUCUCAUUGGUAACAUGAAGAGACCCACAACACCGAACGGAACUCCAUAUACCAAGGAACAGAUUCAACAGCUUGUCCAGCUUCAAAAGCAGAGGAGAAUGAUGCAACAGCAGAACCAGGCUGGAGGAGGUGUUGGCAACACUGGCAGCACCAAUAUGGCCAGCCUUCAAGGAACAUCUGCGCAGGGAAGAAGGGUCCAAGGAUAUCCUUCGGGCCAACUGGCAGCCGGCCAGAACUAUACUGCGGGACAGGGUAAUGUUGGAACGGCUAGUGGAGCUGGUAGUCCUGCUUCCUCGCAAGCGGCUAUGGCACAAGCAAAGAGGACCGGUACUGCUCCUAAGCGUAUGCAAUUUGCUCCAGCUCAAGUGUCUGCUAUCAUCAAUUCCAUUCAGCAGAAAAAUCCUAAUUUGACGAAGGAACAGGUUACUAAGCUUGCCGCUUCAUACUUGGCUAAUCUUCAGCAACAACAGCAGAACCGUUUACAGCAACUGCAACAACCGCUGCAGCCUCAACAACAGCAAGGCCAACAACAACAAGGCUCCUCGAGGUCACCCACAACCAUGUCUUCAUCAGUGCAGCAAAACUUGGGUCUGGCUAGACAAGCACAUCUCCAGCGCCAGAGAAUGGCCGAAAAGGAGAUGGAUGCACAAAAGUUGUCCAAACUCCAAUACGAAGAACGCAAGAAGCUCAUGAUGCAAAACCAGCCAUCUUCGUCGUAUGUGCAAGGAAUGAACAGCCCCGCUGUGGGAACUUCCCCAACUCCUACCACCACCAAGGGAAGACAAGCUGCUCAGCAAAAGAACUAUGGUAAGUUAUCAGGAACAGGAGGGCGCAGCAGCAGCAGCAAAAGCAACGGCAGCGAAGAUCUGGCCCAAUAA